AUGGCUUCAAACAGAGAGUCACCCGAUAAACAAACCCAGGGAACUACCAAGAAAUUGCGCUCAGCUUGUGAUACCUGUCAUCAAACCAAAGUUCGAUGCUCGGGUGGAAAUCCUUGCCAGAUGUGUCAGCAUCUGGAAGCGGAAUGCAUUUAUAGCCCGUCCAGCAGAAAGGGGAGACCAAAGGGAACAAGACCACGGAAGUCACUUCAACAAGAAACCCUGUCUGGUGGUCAAGUUACCAGCGGUAAUUCCACGCCUGCAAACAAGCAUAGUGUACGAGCAAAACCCAGAAAACAAGAUAUAGCAGAUGCUUCGCACGGAAUUCUGUCUCCUGAUACAGAGUCAUAUCUCUUUGAAAAUGAUAUAGACGACCUCAUAUUUCCAGAUGGGAUUCAGGAGAUGCUUUCUUCGGCAACUAGCACUUCAUACUCCAGAUCAAUCGGUUCGCAUAUGAAUGAUGGUUUUAAUUCUCCACUCCAAGAAAAUUUGCCGUACGAUAUGGCUUCGUUCUUCGACACGGCUUCGUUACAAUCGUCGGAAACUUGGUGUCAACCCUAUCCUACUCACACGAUUGAUCCUCAUGGAUCAUUCCCCAACCAGUACUCAGAUAACCUUGGUAACUGGAACAAUAUUGGAGCUGUGGCUUCAUUCCCUCAACGACGAGUGUCACUUGUUAACUCAAUUCCUGAAAAUCACCUCGGUACAUUUGGCUCCCAUGGACCUUAUGCAACGGCGAUAUCGACAAUCAACGCUAGUAAUAUGCCGGUGGAAGGGGGUAUUAAUAGCGCUAAAGUUGACGAUGGUCAGGACUGUUUACAACGUCAUACAGCCUGCUUUUUCCAUCAAUUAGGCCAGGUGCGUUCGAUUACAACCCCACGAAUCGAUGUACUUUUGAUUUGUGCACGAGAAAUAAGUACCGCAAGCUUCUCGCUUCUCAGAUGUGCCAAGUGCCAGAACAAAGACAUUCAAGAAGUCUUUAUUAUAAUCAUCGCAGUUCUUAGGCUGUUCGUGCGAAAACUGCAAUUUUCAGAUGAAAAGUCAUCUUCACCGUCAAUAGAAGGUAGUAGUAAUGAGAGCAGCAACCCCGGUACGGAACAAAUGAUGAUAGAUGACGAUAUCGAUCAUAUAGAGCCUGUCGCAAUAAACACUCCGGAAUCUCUGGGACAUUCGUCCUUUCAAUCGCCGUCACGUCAGUUGAUAUCGUCAAUGACAAUGCAAUCAGAUUCCAUUCCUAUAAGUUUGGGUGAUUACCCAACCACAAAAUCCGAGCAAAUGCUAAUCACCGAUGUCCUCCGAAAGCGAAUGCUGCAACGUCUCGGCGAAGUUAUAACUGCGCUGAAGAGGCGAAUUCAAAUUUCUCCUUCGGCUUCUCCAAGUUCUUUUAAGGGGACAAUGCACAAAGACAUAAAUACUCAGAAUAUUUGUACCGACGGUGACAGUGGAAAUAGAAUUGAUGGUGGAGGGUUUGGCGAUCUAGCCCACUUUUUGGGCAUCUUGCAAAGUUUAGAGACAGUAGUUCAUAGGCUAGCUGGAUGA